CCCGCCGGCGCUCUGUCCCGGCGCGCGCGGGCGCUAUGCGCAGGCUCAGCCCUUGCCUCAAGAUGGCGGCGGUGGCGGAUAAACAGAAGCACGAGCACGGGCGGGUGAAGAUCGGGCACUACAUCCUGGGCGACACGCUGGGCGUCGGCACCUUCGGCAAAGUCAAGGUUGGAAAACAUGAGCUAACUGGGCAUAAGGUUGCUGUGAAGAUCCUGAAUCGACAGAAGAUUCGCAGCCUUGAUGUUGUAGGCAAAAUCCGCAGGGAGAUCCAGAACCUCAAACUCUUCAGGCAUCCUCAUAUAAUUAAGCUGUACCAGGUCAUCAGUACACCUACUGACAUUUUCAUGGUGAUGGAAUAUGUUUCAGGAGGAGAACUGUUCGAUUAUAUCUGUAAAAAUGGAAGGCUUGAUGAGAAGGAAAGUAGACGUCUGUUUCAGCAAAUCCUUUCUGGUGUGGAUUACUGUCACAGGCACAUGGUAGUGCAUAGAGAUCUGAAGCCUGAAAAUGUGCUUCUUGAUGCACACAUGAAUGCUAAGAUAGCUGACUUUGGUCUAUCAAAUAUGAUGUCAGAUGGAGAAUUUUUAAGAACAAGCUGUGGUUCCCCUAACUAUGCUGCACCAGAAGUAAUUUCUGGAAGGUUAUAUGCAGGUCCAGAAGUAGAUAUUUGGAGCAGUGGGGUUAUUCUCUAUGCUUUGUUAUGUGGAACACUUCCAUUUGAUGAUGAUCAUGUGCCAACCCUUUUUAAGAAGAUAUGUGAUGGUAUCUUUUAUACCCCUCAGUACCUGAAUCCAUCUGUAAUUAGUCUUUUGAAGCACAUGCUGCAAGUGGAUCCAAUGAAAAGAGCAACAAUCAGAGACAUUAGGGAACAUGAAUGGUUUAAGCAGGAUCUUCCAAAAUACUUGUUUCCUGAAGAUCCAUCAUAUAGCUCUACCAUGAUUGAUGAUGAAGCCUUAAAAGAAGUGUGUGACAAGUUUGAGUGCACGGAAGAGGAAGUGCUAAGUUGUCUGUACAGCCGAAAUCAUCAGGAUCCUCUGGCUGUUGCUUAUCACCUCAUUAUAGAUAACAGAAGAAUAAUGAACGAGGCCAAAGAUUUCUACUUGGCCACAAGUCCACCAGAUUCGUUUCUGGAUGAUCACCACCUGUCUCGCCCUCACCCUGAACGAGUGCCAUUUUUAGUAGCUGAAGCACCACGCCCUCGCCACACCCUUGAUGAGCUGAAUCCGCAGAAGUCAAAGCACCAGGGUGUAAGGCGGGCUAAAUGGCACUUGGGGAUACGGAGUCAGAGUCGACCAAAUGAUAUCAUGGCUGAAGUUUGUAGAGCAAUUAAACAACUGGAUUAUGAAUGGAAGGUUGUAAAUCCAUACUAUCUGCGUGUUCGGAGGAAGAAUCCAGUAACAAGUGCAUAUUCCAAAAUGAGUCUCCAGUUGUACCAGGUGGACAGCAGAACAUACUUACUGGACUUCCGUAGUAUUGAUGAUGAAAUUGCUGAAGCGAAGUCUGGGACUGCAACUCCACAGAGAUCAGGUUCUGUGAGCAACUAUAAAUCUUGUCAAAAAGAUUCAGAUGCUGAUGCUCAAGGAAAAUCUGCGGAUACAUCCCUUACCUCAUCAGUCAACUCUUCGCUUGACUCUUCUACAGCUGACGUAACUCCAAGACCAGGGAGUCAUACAAUUGAGUUUUUUGAGAUGUGUGCAAAUCUUAUUAAAAUACUUGCACAGUAAUUUUGAAGAUGGGCUUAUUUCUUUUAGAGCAAUAAGCAUGCCUAAAUCAUAGGAAUCAUAGAUGCUUCCAAUUAUAAUCAAGUGAAAUUAACUAAGGCGCUGAAAAAGCUAGCCACAGAAUGCAACUUGCACGGGGAUAAAAAUUAUGGGCAGUUAACAUGUAUUAUUUUGAAGCUGGAGUGAAUUCUGAUUGCCUGCUGUCCAAUAGCAUAACACAGGUACAGGAAAUAAGAUGCCCUUUGGGUAGUGUUUGUAACAUUUUACCUGGAGUGCAAAAUAGGCUGCCUAUAACAUUUAAGCUAGAUGGACCUCCUUGUUUUUUUAUCUAGUUAUACAUAUAUCUGAUGCACUGUAAGUUAACAUACACGUCCUAGUUCAGUGAUCUUAGUAUGAUUUGUUGGUCACCCUCUACAGCUGUGACUGAUACAGAAGUAUCAGCAUCUCCUGACAGAUGUUAAUGUGUUAAAACUGCUAUGUUUCUCCCCCCUUAUUUGACAAAAAAUAAUAAAGAAUGUGAUGAUGUGUUACAAUGUACUACUUCUAACAAAAAGUGUUAUUAAAUGCAUGCAAAUCUGGCCAGUUGGAAAUGUUUAGGUGCUCUGUAAUUGAGGGUGAAAACUCU